AUGGAGGUGGAGGCGCUGAAUGGCAGCCCGAGCGACAGCAGGUGGUCUAAACUCAUGGUGUCCGCUGCCGGCGAUCUGACGGCUGACAUGAUCGAACGGAGUUCCAUUGAAGAAUACUCUUCUAAAUUGAUGAAACUCGCUCAUUCGGUUGCCAACUUCAUAGCAAAAACACUAGAUGUUGAUCCUGAAUUGCUGGCGGACAAAAAUGUGGUCCAAUUUGUUGGGAUGAACUACUACCCUCCAUGCACGUUGACACCUGAAAAGGUUUUAGGCUUCUCACCACAUUCUGAUGGGUCUUUCCUAACCAUCCUACUAGAGGUCAAUUAUGUUCAAGGCCUACAAAUUAGGAGACAUGGUGUAUGGAUCCCGGUGAAUCCACGUCCCUAUGCAUUGUUGGUGAAUACGGGUGACCUUCUUGAGAUUAUUACAAACGGGAAGUACAAGAGCAUUGAGCAUAGGGUCACAAUAAAUGCCCAUAAUGAACGCUUAUCGAUAUCAGCGUUUCAUGUCCCAAAGUAUGAUAGAAUAGUUUCACCACUUUUGGGAGUUACAGAUGAGAAGGUGCUAUACAAGAUAACAAAAGUGGAAGAGUAUUCAAGACUUUAUUUGUCAAAGAAACUAGACGGGAAGAGGGCACUAGAUCAUGUGAAGCUAUCACAGACAUAA